AUGCCUCACGCUGAAUCGCCAAACCCGCCAUCAUCGCCGCCGGUAAAUGACAUAGUCAUGGCUGAGGCUGUGUCUGGUGCCCUCGACGAACAAGCAGAAUCGCAAAACGAGACGACACAAUCAUCACCAGCGCCUGCUGUGAGCGAGAUAGAGAAGGCUUCUCUGGAAGACAUGUUCGACGACGAUGACAUGGAUGACGAUGACGAAUUUGCUUCGAGUGCUCAAACAAAGACUCAAGCGUCUUCGCAACCUGAGCCAAAGCCUGGUAAUUCCAACGUCGGCAAAGAUGCAGAGGUCCUACGCGCUUUCUACCAGAGACUCUUCCCCUUCAAGUACCUGUUCCAAUGGCUAAACCAUUCUCCGACCACAACAACCGACUUCAGCAACCGUGAAUUGGCCUUCGUCUUGCCUAACGACGCCUACAUCCGUUAUCAAUCAUUCAAUUCUGCUGAAGAGCUACGCAAGCAGUGUAUCCAACUCACUCCCACUCGCUUCGAAAUUGGCCCUGUAUACUCUGCAAAUCCUCGCGACAGGAAGACACUACGCAAUGCAAGUGCCUUCCGGCCUUUGGCUAAAGAGCUAGUUUUCGAUAUCGACAUGACAGACUACGACGAGAUCAGAACAUGUUGUUCCGGAGCAAGCAUCUGCCAAAAGUGUUGGCAAUUCAUAACCAUGGCCAUCAAGGUCAUUGACAAGGCCCUGAGAGACGACUUUGGAUUCAAGCACAUUCUGUGGGUCUAUUCUGGUAGACGUGGUGCUCACGCCUGGAUCAGCGACAAGCGAGCAAGAGAAAUGGACGACAACAAACGCAGAUCGAUCGCUGGAUAUCUAGAGCUCUUGAAGGGUGGUGACAAGACCGGCAAAAAGGUCAAUCUGAAGCGACCCCUGCACCCACACAUAGAUCGCAGCCUCAAAAUCUUGAAUGGCCACUUCCAGACAGAUGUGCUCCUAGAGCAAGACCCAUGGGCAUCACCAGAGAGAGCAGCACAUUUGCUACAACUUCUACCCGACAAGAGUUUGACAGCGGCGUUGCAGAGGAAGUGGGACAGCACGCCUAAUCGUAGCAGCACGCAGAAAUGGGCCGACAUCGAUGCUGUCGCUUCCGUCUCUGGAUCUCUUUCGAACCUCACUCCGGAAACACUUGUGCAGGCCAAGCAGGACAUCCGUCUGGAGUACACGUACCCACGUCUCGAUGCUGAGGUCUCGAAGAAGCUCAAUCAUUUGCUCAAGAGUCCAUUUGUUAUACAUCCGGGUACCGGCAGAGUUUGUGUUCCAAUCGACGUACGCCGUUUUGAGGUGUUUGAACCGGAAAAGGUUCCGACCGUGCAACAACUACUCUCGGAAAUCGACUCGUGGCCAGGCACUGAUGACAAAACUCAAGAUUGGCAAAAAACGAGCUUGAAACCUUACAUCGAGUUGUUCAGAGACCACGUCAAUGCAAUAAUGAAGGAAGAGCGAGUUGCUGAGAAGCGAGGGCGCGAGGAAAGUGGGGAAGGCGUAGAGUUCUAG